UUUUGGUGGCAUCAUUCCGUCUCAUUGUCAGCAGUUUAAAUACAUUUAAUAUAUCAUACACAUCUGAGACGCUAAGACGAUUACACGUGUGCUAUUUCAAAGUGUUAUUGUAAAAUAAAACUGCAAAAAAUAUAAAAUUGUGGAGGUGGGUAGGUAGUUAAUAAUAAUUAGUAGAUAAUAGGCAGUCUGUGCUAAACAAAACGAAUAAUCACACACAAGUAGAGUACUUAUCUUCAAGCGCCUGUCACUUAGAUACUGUAGCGUAGGUAAUUAAUUAAUAAUUUUAUUUUUAACCCAGUGUUUGUACUAUUAUACUUAGCUACUUACUGAAUUACAAACAAUUCACUACUUAUUUAAAAGGACGUCAAUAUUUUGAAUGUAUAUAAUCUCUGUUCAUAGCGUAACCUAUGUAUGUACUUGUAUACAUUUUUGCAGACUAUACGAACGCUUGGCGUAGCAAUUGUUUGAUAACGCUGAAUGCUGAAAAAGUAGUGAAAUGACAUUUUAAGUUCCAAUCUACGUUUCGUUACACCAUCAUAAGGAGUGUUUGCGUGCGUGAGCGAGUUUCAAAAACAGCUGUUUUUCUUUUAGUACGCUACGCUGAUGUGAAUAAUUGAAGAAAAUGAACAGGAAUUAUAGUAGAAGGGUCGCUGACUUCCACGAUGAACAUUGCUGCGCGGGUAAUGUCACCGGGAACUUCCGGCGCAGCUCUUCAUUGCGGCUGCGCGGGGAGAAAAUGGUGCAGCGCUCGCCUUUGGCAACCAGGAAAUUAAUACCAAUAAUCACGGAAAAUACACAUCAAAAACAACGCAGCGAUGUGCCACGACUCCAAGAGCCUGGCCAUCGCCAGCGAAGUCAUUCAUUUAAUUCAAACCCUCUACAAAAGCCAAAAAAAUCCUGCUUGAAACCACAAGAGACUGGUCUAGAUAGGAAGUUGAGUAUGACUGAUUCUGCUCACACUCCACCUGGCUCUCCAGAAGAUCUCCCUGAUGAUGAAUCACUUCACAGUUAUGGAAGUGCUGCAACAGCUGCUUCUGUUGAUGCAGGCUAUGCACCAUUCAAUGGCACAACAUUCAGUGGAAGAUCAAUGCGUUAUGUACUGCACUGCUCAUCACAUGCAGGACUUGCUGGAGAGGAAUAUCUUACACCAACUCAAAGGGCACAAAAACAAAUAAGGAGACUGAAAAAUCUCCUCAAUCAAGCCAAAAAAGAUUUAGAGAAAAAAGAUAGUGAAAUAUUCCAACUCACAAAAGAAGUUGUGGAAUUGCGACUUUACAAGGCAUCAAUAUGUUCACCCGAUGAAAAAUCCAACUCAAGUGAAAUAGUUACAAUAAGGGAAAAUGCCGAUGAAACUUCCAUUGAACAUGACAGCCCAAAACAUGGAGAUGAUUGUAGAUCAUAUGACAUCACAGAUAGUCCAAUGUUCAAAAAUGAAACACCAACCAGAUGUCGCAAUGAAAUGCAAGGUUCAUUCACUGACUCAGGACAUUUUGAUGACCUUACAAAUUCAUCAUUACAUUCUAAAGAGUCUGUACACAUGUUGACACACGAGGCGUCCUGUAUGACUGAUGUGGGUGAUGGAGAUGAGGAGCGUCGCAGUUUGAUAUCAUAUUAUGAGAAGAAAGUAGAAGAUGUUGUUAGAGCACAUGUUGGAGAGACACAAGAAAUGAAAAAGCAGCAUAAUGAUAAAGUGGAAGCAUUGUUACAAAAGUUAGCAGAUGUAAACACAAGAUACUGUGAGUUACUACCCAACUAUGAGCAAGCAAAAGAGAGGAUUCACUCUCUAGAGAAGCAGCUAGAAGAAGUUAGCAAGCAGUUGCAAGAGGAGGAGGCCAGGCACCGUUCCAUCUAUCUACAAAUGUACAACAAGGGGGUUGAAGCUGCCAAGUUUGAGCUGGAUAAGGAUAAUGAGCCUGGUACUUCACAGGGGCAAAUAAACCGCGUGUCUGUGGAGGAACUACUGGAGCAGUUGCAGAUAACUCAGACCGAGCUCGAGAAAGUUCGAGACACGGCAUUCACAGAGGACCGAUCAGCAAAGUCACAAGUACUGCUAAGUGCAAAGGAGGCUGUUUCUUUAUGGGUCCUAGGAGCUCGAAAGGCAAUGUACCGUCGCAUUGUCGAGUCGCAGAAGGGUAGCAAGACCAAUGUAGAUCCAGAAGUGACAUUGCAGUUCCUAAAAUCGGCCAUCUACUACUUCCUAACUGAUCCCGAGAAUCAUCAGGGACACCUUAAUGCCAUCGAGAACAUUCUGGGCUUCACUGACGCAGAAAAGAAGAAUAUACGCAAGGCUAGGACAUCGUAGGAAAGACUGCUGUGAUCGUGUGAUAUGACAUUAUUACUAGAUAAUUUUGUUACUAUUUAGAUAGGUCUUAUUUUAUUAUUUGUCGUCAAGAACGAGGUAGCUCAUAUAGGUUACAGUAGCUAUUGUGUAUACCUAGUAGCUAGUGUGUGCACAUUACUCGCAAGUUGCGUUGAAACGGUAUAAGUUCGCACAUAGUUUUAAGGUUUCUUUUAAUGUUUUGUUUUUUUAAUAUUAUUUUGUUAUGUCUUGGUUGUACUUACAUUUUUAUUUGCUAGGUUUUAAACCGAAUUUAUUUUCUAGAUUGUGAUUUUUUAUAUUUAGUUUGUAAGCACCAAAGAUCGAGUUUCCUUUUAAAAAUCGUGCAAUUUUGACUUUAGAAGUAAGCAUAAUAGUAGCGAUUACAUUCCACGCUGCUUUAGUAAUAAUUUUUAAUAUUUAAAAUUAUUAUGUUCCUUUUGGUAUUGUUUUCCUAUCUUUUGUGAUUUUUACUAUGCAUGCUGGUCAGCAUUUUUACUUAAUUAUUAUGGCUAUGAUAAAAUAUUUAGUUCAAUCAUAAGGUCCAAAUUUUAACAUCUUCAUUUCUAACACUGUUGUCUGGAUAAGCAUGACGAUACAAGUCAGAAUGUCUUCAAACCAAAGUAUUACUAACUUUCGCACAACAGGGAAAUAAAUUGUUGCAAAUCACAAUUGAAGAUAAAUUUUAAUGAUAACAAUGACAAUAAUUACCUCUAUCGGGUUAGUUACACAAAUAGCCACAAUGUGGCUUUCCUUGUCUGACUCACGGAACACUGGUACCUACUUAAAAAGUGUAAAUCAUUAAUUAACGUGCAAUAUGUACUAACUUAAAAUAUUUAUCUUCGACUGUUAUUUGUUUUUACUCGAAUAAUGAAAAUGACCUGUAUUUUAAAUUGUUUUAGAUUGUACAUGAUUUAUUCUUGCCAAUCAUAAAUAAAAUUGCAUCUGUGAUUAUAAAUGUACCUUAUAGUGAAGACAACGCAUAAUAUCCAUUCGAUAAUUUAUGCUAAUCAUACAAAAACUACUCUUUCCACUUUGAAAUUUUCAAAAACAUGUACAUCAGCAUGUUUUUCCGUUAAUGUCAAAUUGGAGAGAUCAAACAAGCAACUUUUACCUUAAAAUAUCGAAUGGGAUGGCUGUUCAUAAUAAUUAUUUUAUAUACUACAUACUUAUAUUAUUUUACUUUAGAGCAAAUAUAUGCAAAUUAAUUGUUGUUGCACCUUAUCUUGCUUCUUUUUAUUAGGGAAUGCGGAAGCAGUGAUAAUAAGCUAUUUUUAUAGCAUUGUUAACGUCCAAUAGUUAUACAAAUCUUGUACAAUAGGUAUUAUAGAUUUGAUUAAUAUUUUAAUUUACUAUAGAUUUUAUCACUAGUAAAUAAAAUACAUGACAUUCGUUAAAAGGUAAUAAGAGUAUUUCUGGAACAUUAAGUUGCUUGCUUUCGUUCUCAAUUAAAUGGUAAAUGGAUAAACAA